AAUUGAAGUUUUUCGGUACAGUGAUAAAUUAUCCUUUGCAGUCAUACAAUUCACUUCCUUUUUAUUCCUUUAUUUCUGAAGGAAAUGUCUUCAUGAAGGCUGGUGUUUUAGACGCCGAUACAACUUGACAGCUUUUAUGACAACCGUGCCACAGUCUGCAACCUACCAGUUUGAAGAUGAAGAACUGAAUUUAAUAAAGUCUACUGGUGUCUCUUGUGAUCGACUUCGUCAAGCUUUGAAGAAGUGUAUAAAAGAGUCCCAUUGUGUGCAGGUCCAAGCAAGAUCGGCAAAGGAAUGUAUCGACGCACAUGAUGGAAGUGUGCCAGAGAAAUGCUUUGCGCUGCUCAAUAAUUUCUCCGAUUGCAAACGAUCGCUUGUCGAUAUGAGGAGUCGUUUUCGUGGCAGGAAGGGAGACCUAUGAAAUUUUUCUUUCUCACAUUUAUAGUUUCUUAUGCUUUUACAGAGAGUGUUUAUACUUGGCAUUCUUUUUGUUCCACUAAUAAAUUGUCAGAAU